AUGCGGUUCUCUAACUUCCUCCUACCUCUCAUCGCUUCAGCUCCUUUGGCUCUAGCCGUUGCUGCCCCAGAACCCAACCCUGUGGCUGCUCCCGCGCCAACUACUACCUCCGGCCUACUCACUGCUAUUGCGGAUCUGGAGAGCUUAUUGACCGAUGACAAUAUCAAUGACCUGCAAACCAUCAUCACAAAUGCCGCUAAGGUCCUCUCCAACGAGAAUGUCAACAUACUACAGACGGUCUUGACCAACGCGGGCGAUCUGUUGACGACGGACUUUGUGGAUAACACAACAACUCUGAUCUCAGAUGCUACACCAUUGAUCGAGGAGGUUUCGAAACUUCUUGGAUCCCUUCUUGGCUCUCUAUAA